AUUUCACAUUGGACUGAAAUAAAAGUAAAAUACAGUGAACAGAAUGGGGAAAAGUUAUGACUUACCGCCAGUGAGUGACAGCAAACAUGAAGAAUGGAAGAAUGGGGAUUUAUCAAACGGAACAUCGACACAUAAUGGUGUAUCUAUUCCAAAUGACGAUGAAUUGCCGCCGUAUGAUAGAGCCACGAAUACAAACGGAGUGACGAUUCUACCAAAAUAUGCAGAUCAUGACCCAGAUAAUUAUAAUAAAGAACAACCAAACGACGGCAAAGAGGAAAAACCGAAGGCAAAGAAACUUGUUGGCUUCUUUCAGUUGUUUAGAUUUGCCGAUGGUCUUGACAAAGUUUUGAUGAUAGUUGGUACAUUGGCGUCCAUCGCUGUUGGUGUCGCAUUCCCUUUGAAUCUUCUAGUUUACGGCCAAGUGGCCAACUUGUUCAUCAACGACUCAAUAAGUGCAUCAGGAAUGAAUGCCUCAAUGGCCGCAAACAUGACACGUCCCGACAUAUUCAAUCAGGUGUCCAGUCUCUCCCUGUAUUUCGUGUACAUCGCCUUCGGUGUGUUAAUCUGCGCAUAUAUGGAGAUUGCUUUUUGGACGUGGACCGCCGAACGACAAACGAGACGUAUAAGAGCGAGGGUUUUUCACUCUAUACUCCGUCAGGAUAUCAGUUGGUUCGAUACCCAUGAUGUAGGAGAGCUAAACACCAGACUGGCAGAUGAUAUAACAAAGAUACACGACGGGAUCGGAGACAAGUUUGCAACGUUUGUACAGUGGAUGUCAACGUUCUUUGCUGGUUAUAUUCUCGGAUUCAUUCUAGGCUGGAAGCUAACAUUGGUCAUAUUAGCCCUAUCGCCACUGAUCGUCCUGGGAGGUGGUGCGGUGGGACGGAUAAUGGGGGUUUUUACCCAUAAGGAACAACAGGCGUAUGCUAAAGCUGGGUCGGUGGCAGAGGAGGUGCUGGGGAAUAUACGUACGGUGGCAGCGUUUAGCGGCGAAAAGAAAGAAUGUGAAAGAUAUAAUUCCAAUCUGGUGGCAGCUCGAGCAGUCGGAGUAAAGAAAGGUCUUGUCAGUGGUGCUGGAAUCGGUUUUGUGUGGAUUGUCAUAUUCGGUACAUUUGCACUUUCAUUCUGGUAUGGUGCCAAACUUGUGCGCGAUGGUGAGGAAGGAUACACUGGAGGGACUAUAUUACAGGUGUUCAUGGGGGUUUUGAUUGGUUCCAUGUCUCUGGGACAUGCUGCUCCAAACUUUGAGAACUUUGCUUCCGCACGUGGAGCUGCAACCGCCAUCUUUGAAAUCAUAGAUCACGAACCUGAGAUUGACAGUUCAAGUGAGGAAGGCGAAAAACCAGAGAAAAUAGAAGGAAAUGUGGAAUUUAAGGAUGUUAAAUUCAACUACCCCACCAGGCCUGAUGUCAAUGUAUUGACUGGGCUUGAUUUGCACAUUAAUGUGGGAAGUACAGUCGCGUUAGUGGGUGCGAGUGGUUGUGGGAAGAGCACAACAGUUCAGCUAUUACAGAGGUUCUAUGACCCUUUUGCUGGAAAGAUCUGUAUAGAUGGCGUAGACAUCAAAGAUCUGAACCCUCGCUGGUUACGUCAACAGAUCGGGGUUGUGAGUCAGGAACCUAUAUUAUUUGCCACAACAAUCGCAGAGAAUGUGCGCUAUGGCAGAGAAGGUGUCACACAGGCUGAAAUAGAGCAAGCUGCCCAAGAGGCUAAUGCGCAUGACUUCAUUAUGAAACUUCCAGACAAAUACGAGACUCUAGUUGGUGAGCGAGGUGCCCAGCUGAGUGGGGGUCAAAAACAGCGCGUGGCUAUAGCCAGAGCCCUCGUACGUGACCCACGUAUACUUCUGCUGGAUGAAGCAACGUCUGCACUUGAUAAUGAGAGCGAAGGAAUCGUACAAACAGCUUUAGAUAAGGCCCGUCUAGGAAGGACCACCCUUGUGAUCGCCCACAGAUUGUCAACCAUACAAAAUGCUGAUGAGAUUGUUGGGCUUGCGGAUGGCAAAGUAGUUGAGAGGGGAAGUCACGCAGAACUGAUGGAGAAGCAAGGGUUAUAUUACCAGCUUGUUAUGCACCAAACACAUAUUGAUGAGGACGAGGAAGAGGAAGAAAUUAUGAGCCUGACUGCGGAUCUAGAUGAGGAAAACGUAGCAGACCAGGACAUUCUCCGAGCCCCAUCAAAGUUGAGUCGCGAAUUCAGCAGCAGAGGGAGUAUACGGAAAAGCCAAGACCUUAUAAGGAAAGGAAGCGGAAGGAAGCAACACGUGACUUUGUCCCGACCAAUGUCCGCCGAGGAGGAGAAAAUCACCAUAGAGAGACAGGAGAAAGAACUGGAAGAAACACUACCCGAACCAUCAUUGAAGAGAAUAAUGAGGAUGAACGCCCCCGAAUGGCCAUAUAUCAUACUAGGUUGCCUUGCAGCCAUUGUGACCGGGGCCAUCCACCCAGCUUUUGCCAUCAUGUUCAGUGAAAUAAUUGGGAUAUUUGCUGAGACGGAUUUUGAGAAGCAAGCAAGGCUGUCUGCGAUGUACGCCGCCAUUGUUGCAGGGCUCGGCUUUGGUGCUGCAUUGUGCAACUUUAUUCAGCACUACUUUUUCGCGGUUGCUGGCGAGAAAUUGACAAUGAGACUGCGUGAACUUGCGUUUAAAGCCAUGCUUCGCCAGGAGAUUGGAUGGUUUGAUGAUCACAAGAACCAAGUAGGAGCUCUUACUACACGACUAGCAUCUGAUGCUUCCAUGGUUAAAGGGGCAACUGGUUCAAGGCUUGCAGUUGUUGUCCAAUCAAUAGCUAACAUUGGUGUUGCUAUAGUGAUAUCCCUGGUUUCCGGUUGGAAGCUCGCCCUGGUUGUCAUGUGCUUUCUCCCCAUAUUAAUCCUCUCAGGGGCGGUUCAGACUCGACUCUACCAGGGCCUUGCUAAUAGUGAUAAAGAGGCGCUCGAAGAAGGAGGCAAGGUUGCAACUGAAGCUAUUGAAAACAUAAGAACGGUGGCAUCGCUCACCAAAGAGGAACAAUUUGAAGCAAGAUUUAAUGCGGACUUUACAAAAAUAUACAAGGAUGGUAGAAGAGGUUCCCAUAUUUAUGGCAUAACUUAUGGGAUAUGCCAGGCUGUUGUAUUCUUUGCAUAUGCAGCAGCUUUCAGUUAUGGGGCAUAUCUUGUUCAGCAAGGAGAAAUGCAAUUUGCCAUGGUAUUCAGAGUUAUGAUGUGCAUUGUGUUCGGGGGGCAGUCUGCAGGGAGGAUGAGUUCGUUUAGUCCCGAUUAUAAAAAAGCCAAAUUGUCAGCUGCCAAAUUGUUUGCACUGUAUGAUAGAGAACCUGCUAUAGGUGCCUCUGAGGUUGCUGGUAGAUCUUUGGAAAAGUACGAGGGUGACCUGACGUUCGAGGACGUAAGAUUCAGGUACCCGACUCGUCCCGAUGUGCAGGUACUUGAUGGGUUGUUCCUACGUGUCAAACCAGGCCAGAGUCUUGCUUUAGUGGGUUCGUCAGGGUGCGGCAAGAGCACCGCAAUUCAACUCAUAGAAAGAUUCUACGAUUCUGACAGUGGCACAGUGAGUUUUGGUGGAUCUGACGUGAAGGAACUGAAUCUGCAAUGGCUUAGACAACAGAUCGGUCUAGUGUCACAAGAACCUGUACUAUUUGAUACAUCAAUAGCGGAGAACAUAGCAUAUGGGGAUAACUCUCGACCAGUCACAAUGGAUGAAAUAAUAGAGGCGGCAAAGAAAUCAAAUAUUCAUAAAUUCAUUAGUGAACUUCCUCUGGGAUAUGAGACCAACGUUGGUGAUAAGGGAGCCCAAUUGUCAGGAGGUCAAAAACAGAGAGUGGCCAUCGCCAGGGCUCUUAUACGCAACCCUAAAGUCCUCCUCCUGGAUGAGGCAACAUCAGCCUUGGAUACAGAGAGUGAAAAAAUUGUUCAAGAAGCAUUAGACAAGGCGCAAAAAGGACGGACUUGCAUCAUGAUUGCUCAUAGACUCUCAACAAUACAAAAUGCCGAUACUAUAGCAAUAAUACGUCAUGGACACGUGACAGAGUUAGGAUCACAUUCUGAGCUAAUGGCCCUUCAGGGAUUCUAUUAUACUCUACAUCAAGUGAGCAAAGGACGCAAGGGUGGCCCAGAAAUAAGUGUUAUCAACUAAAGCAGACUCUUGAUUGGCUAAUCACCUUGGGUUCACUACGUCAUGUAAACAAAGAACGCAUCACUGACACGAAAUGAUAACUGAAUAACUGAAGCUGAACGUACUGUUA